AUGUUUACGUGCAUAUUGUACAACGUAAAUGAUAGAAUAAAAAUGAAUGGUGUUCUUUUAACAAAGAAAACCUGGAAAAUUGAAGUUUGGAGAAGUCCAGAACAAAGGAAAAGUGUCUUUGUUUUCAGGUUCCUGCAUAAGCACAGGUGUAGAAUCUUCUGGAUUAGUACACGUGGCAUAAUCCAAUGUGGUGGAGAGAAUAUCCAACAGCCAAGACUACCCGGAUUUGCCACCUCUCAACCGUUGGAUCGGCUUCAUCCAACAGCCGAUAAUCAUUGUUAUUCGUAUACUAUAUAG